AUGAGCCGGAAAGCUGAAGAGGAUGAUGGACACCCAUGCUGGCUGCGGUGCCCCAAAUUUGUGCCGGCCUGCAGCAACUUCUCCAUCCAGUACAACUACUCGUCGGCGAGUAUUGCUGCCGCUAUCAUGUUGUCCCAUAACGACAUGAUUGGUGACGGAAUUAGACCCGACUUCCCGCAGCAGCCAUGGGUGGCACAUGGCCUGCUAGGUGCGGUUUUCAUCGGCUCCGUGGUGGGCAUGCUGACGAUGGGGUACUUGGGAGAUGUAUUGGGCAUCCGACCAGCUUUGAUAAUCACCAAUGGCUUGGCGGCUUUCGGAGCAUUGGCAUCGUCGCUGUUCUCUUGGGGUACGCCAGAGACCAUCUGGACAAUGAUUGCCAUUAGUCGAUUGAUCAUGGGAAUCGGGGUGGGCGGCAACUAUCCUCUUAGCGCCGCGAAGGCAGCGGAGCCAGGAAAGGGAGCAAGAGAGGUGAGUGCCGUGGACGCGGCAAACAGUGCUGCGAAAGCAUUCUUUUGGCAAGGACCUGGGCAGCUGGCUCCCUACUUGCUGGCACUGCCACUGCUCCGACUGCCUCCAAACCAGGGCAUUACUUCCGUCCAGUUCCGUGUGCUCCUUGGAAUCGGGGCGAUACCUGCAGCGGUGGUAUUUCUGUGCUCCGUCUACGAGGAACAUUAUCCUGCGGCUAGCGUGCCAGGCCGCGGCAACCUUCGUGAUAAACGUCACUGGCAACUCCUGGUAGGAACAGCGGGCUGCUGGUUUCUUUUCGAUAUCGCCUUCUAUGGCACGGUGAUAUUCUCCCCGGUCAUCCUCCUGAAGGUCUUUGGCAAGACUGAGUCCUUGACUUCCCUGGCAGUGCAUGCAGCUGCCACAAUACUGGUCACUAUCCUGGGCAAUGGUGCAAGCUUGGCAGCUCUGAGCUGGAUAGGGGCCAAAGCACUGAACACUGCUGGUCACGUUGCCAGCUGCUUCGCAUUCUGCGCCUUUGCUUUGGCGUACAAGUACUUCCAUGAAGAGCACCUGCUGCAGUUCGUGCUGCUAUGUAUAGUCAAGUGCGCUUGCAAUUUGGACAGACAGAUCAAACAUCCCCGCAGCCCUGCCUCCCAGUUUGGCACUUUCCAUGAACAACAUCUCGACGUUCAUGCUGCCAGUGUUGGCUUUUCCUCGCAACGUACGGUCAACCUUCCAUGGCAUUUCAGCUGCAGCUGCCAAGCUUGGUGCCAUGGUGGGGACUGUCCUCUUCCCAGCGCUCGAAGGAUAUGGCAUUCCCGCUGUGAUGCUAACGCAGGCAGCUGUCUGUGGCGUCGGAGCCUGCUGCAGUCACUGGUUCCUGGAUGUCAUGGUAGAGGAUGUUGA